UUCUGCACAGAGUGGAGCCACAGGGCAUCGUGUGUGGACUUACUGUAGGAUUACAUGAGCAAAGGCCGAUACACUGGACCGAAGAAAACGUAGGCUAUUUUACCAUGUUCAUUUUAAUGGCGAUGAGCUGUUGGGAUAAUAUAACUCUGGUUUUGGCAUUAUAUGAGUAAAAUCGCAUGUCGGCAAUACCGUGGAAUACAGUUCUCGGAUACUUUUUUGAUGCAGGUUUCGAGGAUGCACCCGAUCGGCUACGGUUUUAGAAACAUCUCAUUGGAUAAAGAGUUUAAAAAUUUAUUCGUUUUUCUUUGGGUACUUUGUAGCUUGUUAAAAUCGUAUUUAUUGUUUCCCCCUUCCCUUUUAACGUCUAAGAAACUCCAUCGUACUGCAAUGGGAUGUAAAAUUUAUUUAUUUUAAUGAAGCUGACUAAGAGGAAGUAUCUCGUUACAGCAAGUUAUGAAAGACUUGUCAGAUGAAUCGAUCUUUACUUUCUACUGGUCUUUCUUUAUAUUAUGUGUAUUUGAAAUUGAGUUGUAAAGGCGAUUAUGUCAUUUCUGUAUAUAGAUAAGGCAGUUCACUUCUUAAAAUACGUAUGGGCUAUAACAGGCCGGAUGUUUUAUCGUAUCAAUACAACGUCUCUAAAUAGAGAAUAGUGGUGGUUACAUGUAGCGUGUACAUUGGCCUGCUUAAAGUCAUUGCGCGAUAUUAAUUGAAAGUAUACGACGUUGUGAUCGCAUCGGUAUGGAAAAAAUAUUUUGGAAUAUUAUUUUCUAGCUACACUGAACAAACGUGUGCUGGGAUCAUGAUCUUUUCAUUUUUAACAUCAGGAUCAGCCUUCUUUGUUAUUAUCCAUAUGAAUGUUUUAAGAAUAAUAAAACGUUUAAUAUGUAUAUGUUAUGAAUGAGCCCCCAAAACUGUAUACUAUGUUUUGUAUGUGCAUCUUUACGAGACACAUAUGCAAAUCGCUUCAUUUUAUAAUUGUGUAGCGUUAGUUGGCACGUUGUGCCUAAGCAUUGAUUGUGACAGACCAGGGGAAUGUCCAUGGCGAAGCGCACAGUGUAUAAUUUUCCAAUGUAUAAUUGGCCUUUUGGGUCUUUCAAAAGGAGAGCGCAGAAGAAACUCUGCCCUCAGAAGGCUCGCUCUUUGUGAUGCGGUUUUCCGCAAUAAGCCACUGUGUGUAAUGCUGUGUAAUUUUAUCUGUGCUGCACUCUCAUAGUUCACACAAGACUGAUACCUUGCCUCCCUUCUCCUUUGUAUCAAUUGGUCGGAGUUCAGCCCAUUGUUGCUGGAAGGUUCUUUUAUUUCUGAGCAUCAACGAAAUCUCACGAUAGCCUCCUUGUGAAAUUCACUGGCUUUUUCCAGCAUGCCGACUACUUGGAGAGCAAAUGGGACCCAAGAACGGCAGCACGACUAAUCCUCGUUUGUUUCACUUCGCUGGCCUUAAUCGAUGAUCGCGGGUUUACAAGAUCGCUACAAAUAAAGGGAAGAGAUCCGGACAGAUAAAACUGGCACUGUUUCGUAAGAUGGAUCAUUAUUCUUUUUUGCCGAGCCUGAGGCAAUAAGACUUUUUUAAUGGGACCCCUUGUGUCAGUUUUCUGUUUUCUUGCACAAAGACUAAGAUUUUCGGCCAUGCCACAAUGGUUAUAAUUCUGGUCUUGUUGUUGCUGAGUUUCUUGGAUCCCAGUAAUCAGGAAUUGUCUUCGAGGCUAACUAGGACAUCCAGGGCGCCUUGUGCCAAAGGCCAGGCGUGUGACCCAAGGCAGCGGAGAGAUGCUGGGGGACGCGGUGGAGUCUACGAGCACCUCGGUGGAGCACCAAGACACAGAAAGCUGUACUGUGCAACAAAGUAUCAUUUGCAAAUACACCCCAAUGGGAAGAUAGACGGAUCUCUUGAAGAAAACAAUCCAUUUAGUAUCUUGGAGAUCACAGCCGUUGACGUCGGUGUGGUGGCAAUAAAGGGUCUAUUUUCGGGGAGAUAUCUGGCCAUGAACAAGAAAGGACGACUCUAUGCUUCGGAAGUGUUCAACCAGGAAUGUGAAUUUGUGGAACGGAUCCAUGAGCUGGGAUACAAUACCUAUGCCUCCAGAUACUAUCGGACAUCUCCGCCUUCAGCUAGUGCCGGCAAACAGCGGGCCAGUGCAGAAAGACUAUGGGUACUGGGCAACAAGGACCACGAGAUGGUGCACCUUUUUCACACGAGCCAGAAAUACAGAGAGAACCUUCUAAGGCCUGCCGGGAGAGCAGAGCGUAGACGCCGUAGGCACAGGCUCGCCGCUGGCAAGGCGAAGGAGACAGAGGACUGAAAACAGGCAUCAUGGGUAAUGUGGUCCUCCAGUAGCUCACCAACAAGUGCUUGGCAACAAGAACAACAGACUGAGCCAAAGAGAGGAAACCAUAGAGCGCUGGAGAAGGUGUGACGAUUGCAGUGGGACAUGCUUGUGACCCCACUACCAUAAAUAUUCAAAAUUAUGUUAAAAGGUUUUGGAUUUUCCAUGUAGGUAUUUUUACCGUGAGAAGCCUAUCAGUUGUUUCCAGAAUCUUUGCUGUACUUUUAAUAGUAAAUAUUGAUGUAUAUAUGUGUAUCAUAGUUUUCUAUUUCAUUCUUGCUUCAGAUAUGUCUAAUGUACAAAUCUGUUGUUUGACAUGGAGUUCACACAUGUGCUUAGGCUGUGUCAUAUUACAGUUAAAUAUACACCCAUGAGGAUAGCGUACAGUAAAGCACUUUUUCUUUCUAACACAAGUUUAAAAAGGAAAAACAUGGGAAAAUAUGAGGUACAAAUGUAUUUAUUAUGUGAUAGUCUACUGUCCUUGAACUGCAAAAGGUCACAUUGUAUAUUUACUAAAGUUAUGCAUAUUUAUUGUUUUCUUUAGGUUUUAAGUUAUUGAUGACAUGCAGUUCUUUUGGUUUCCACUGAUGGUUUAAUAUAAAAAGAUUGAUGUCUGUGUAUCAGUGUCCCAAUAGAGUAGGCAUUUCUGUGUAUCCACAGGGAGUUGGAGUGUGGAAGGGAAAACAUAUUGUGUUACACCAAAUUAAGUGUCAUUGCUUAUCUGAAAAAAAUGCACGUAAUGACAGGAAUAUUUAUGUAUGAAUACUAUUAAAAUUAAACUGUACUACGAGGAAUUAAUUAUUACAACAUAAU